AUGACGGGGGAGAAGACAAACACCCAACAGCAGCAGGUCACAAACCUCCACUUCUUCUUCCACGACAUCGCUAGCGGUGACAUCCCGACCGUCGUCCACGUCGCCGCUCCCAAAAACCUCAGCAGCCUGGACAAGGAGCCGUCGUUCGGGACCGUCUACGCCAUCGAUGACCCUCUCACGGAGGGCCCCGAGGCGGACUCCACGGCCGUCGAGAGCGCGCAGGGCUUCUACAUCUCGUCGGGGCAGGACGCGCCGAUGCUGACUGUCAGCCCCAAUAAAAAACAUAAAGCUCGUAGUGGUCAACAAUCGGGAGCGUUUCGGUUGGCUCAAGACAUCGCCAAACCCCGAACCAACUCCAUCAAUAACACCUCAGGCGAUGCUGUGGUGGAGUUCCAUUACGGGUGA